AAACAUAACCUUUGAAGUAAAUAUGAUAUUGUAUACAUUAGGAGGUUGUAAAUUGCGAUUUUAUUUGUAUAUAAAAAAUAUUCACAGUAGAUUUUGAUUGAGUGAACAAAUAUAUAUAUAUACUUUAUACUUUAAAAUAUGGAAAAAUAUGAAGUUCUCUGUCAAAUUGGAGAAGGUUCUUUUGGACAAGUAUAUAAAGCAAAAAAGCGAGCAAAUGGAGAUAUCGUUGCUUUUAAAGUCAUCAGAAAGAGAGGUCGAUCGGAAAAGGAAUUGAAAAGUUUACGCCAAGAAUGUGAAAUACAACGUCACCUACACCAUCCCAAUAUUGUCCAAAUGUUGGAUUCUUUUGAAACUGAUAACCAGAUAGUCGUAGUAACUGAAUAUGCAGAUAAAGAUCUAUAUGAAAUUAUAGGUAAGACAGGUCGAUUAUCAGAAGAAAGGGCUCAAGUAAUAGCUUGUGAUCUAGUUUCUGCACUAUACUAUCUUCAUUCAAAUAGAGUAUUACACAGAGAUUUGAAACCCCAGAAUGUUCUUCUUGAAACAAAUGGCGUGGCAAAAUUGUGUGAUUUUGGAUUUGCUCGUAGUAUGAGUACAGGGACUCAUGUACUGACUUCUAUAAAAGGAACUCCACUGUAUAUGGCACCCGAAUUAAUAGAAGAACGUCCUUAUGAUCAUAAUGCUGAUUUAUGGUCCCUUGGUUGCAUAGUUUACGAAUUAGUUGUUGGGAUACCACCUUUUCAAACCACUUCUAUUCUGCAUUUGAUAAAACUCAUUCGAUUCGAAUCUGUUAAGUGGCCAUCUCACAUUACAAGCAUUUGCAAGAGUUUUCUCGAAGGUUUAUUACAAAAAGAUCCGUCUCAACGUUUGACUUGGCCGAGCCUACUGGAACAUCCUUUCGUUAAAGAUAGAAUUAUUAUUGUAGGUACUCCUGUACCAACAUCUCUCACUACUCCACUUUCUGCCAGUCAAGAGAAAGCCAAGCAACAACAAUUUCAUAUACUGAACGUAAAGUCGAACAAAUCAAAAGAUAUAUUGGAAAGAGCAGUAAUGAAAGUUCAAGAACAUGAGCGACAAUUACGAGAAAUCCAUAGACGAGGGUGUAUCUCACAACCACGUUUUCCUGUUUUGUACAAUUAUUAUGCUUAUGGAAUGAAUCAGCCAUGUCCAGUCUUGCGGCGCAGUGAACCGAAUGGAACAGAUUCAAACACAAGUGUCGACGUUCUUCUUGGAAAUUUAAGUUUACGAGCAUCUUUACAAAGUGACCUUCUUGCCGCAGAUCACGCUGCUUGUCAAAUGGAUUGUCCAAAUUCUGAUUAUUAUCAUGAAACAUUAAUUAAUCCAAACUGUCCUAUUUCAAAAAUAGACAUUGAACAAAAGCCUGAAUGUGUUUCGAAGUUUCCUAUAGAAAUUUCUGCUGCAAAUAAUCAAAAUGAUAAACAUAAAGAUCCAGAGAUUGAAAACGAAAAUGUUCGUUCUUUGAAGAUAAAUUCAGAGAAAGAAAUUUUGAAACAGAGUCGUUUAAGUAAAGAUUAUGAUCAGGAAUUUGGCAAGGAAAAUACAGUGGAUAAACAAAUGCGAUUGCCGGAUUGGAAUCCUCGAGCUGUGGAACAACCAAUUGAGAACGAAGAAUGGGUUGCUUUUCUUCAAAAGUCUAUGGAAGAAAUUAUGGAUGGAGAAAUUGGAUCUUUACUUCAGGAAAAUUGCGUAUCUGUUUUUGUUUCUCCACUUAGAAAUCCAGCAGUGGGAUCUCAAGUCAUUGAGUACGUUGCUUGUUUACUUGCACUUCCGUUCGUCGCAAAAAUUUCAUCCAGCAAUUUAGAAUUAAUUCAGAAAGUUUAUCUUGAUGUUCGAGUCGUUCCCAAUCUCGUGCAUGGUUUGAAACUGCUUAUGGUCCAAGGAGAUGAUAAUGAAACUACCGCUGAAUUUCUCACCAGAUCAGCUUUGUCUCUUUCUGGUGAAGAACUUCAGGCAAUUGAACGAAAUAUUCUACUAUUGUGCAGAUUAGUGUAUGUAAAAGAGCAGUUUCUCACUCAAUUUUGCGAUGCAAUUUACAUAAUCAGUGGAAUUCCACUUCUACAACAAUUACUCACACUGGAAAAUAAAAAGCCUGGAGUCGUCGGCUAUCUUUUGGCAAUUUUUAAUAAUGUUUUAAGAUCUCAACCGGAAAAUGCUGAAAUAAUAGAGAAAGUAGUUUUGAGAGUUCAAGAUAAUGAGACGAAAGAGAGUAAAUUAGAGCAACUAAAAAAAUUAUUAAGUCAUCAUCAACCUGUUUUGAGAUUAAGAACUUGCAUUUUAAUUAAGCAUCUUGGUAAAUUUUGCUGUAGAGAUUUACAGCAUAUUUGGGAAAAAUCACUGAGAAGUAGUCUAGAAACUUUAACUGUCGAUAAAGAUUCUUCUGUAAAAGAUGUAGCUAUAGAUGUCGUUAAUGAAUUAAAGAAUCUGCCUUAUUAUGAUCAAUAGACAAUAAAGUAUACACGUAUAAAUUAUGAAUGAAUUACUUUUUAUAACAGUUUGUAUAAAUAUUUUUAUAAGUACUUGGAGGAUAUUGUAAUUCGAAUUUACAAAUCGUAAAAGACUGUUGUAAUCUUAAGAGUUUCUAUUUCUUAAUUGAAUUAUCUAUUUGGUAAUAAUAAUAUUUUUACAUUGUCUACAUGAGAAUAAAUUUUAGAAAAUAAAAUUGAUAAACAUAAGAUAAUUUAGUAUUAAUAUUAAAUACUGUAUUUUAUAUUUAUUGACAAUAUUUUGAGACUUUAUAACAGUAAAAGAUUAUUAAUUUUUUA